UGAGCAUUGCUGCAACUUACGUUGAGCAACCUACACAACUUUCGAAGGCAUAUUUGUAAUGAACAGAAAAGAAACACUACAACUUAAAUCUACUUUGUACGUCGAAGAGGAAAAGGACGGAAAUUAUUUCAAUUCCAAAAGCUUCCAUAUCCGAGACACACUGAAUGUAUCAUAAGCCUCUGUGAACGUGCGGAGAAUCCAAAGACCCGGACUGGAGUUUUCUGGCUGCAUUUGGUCUGGCUCGGACAACUCUGGCAAAUAAUCGAUUAGGAACGUCACUGAGGAGAACUCUGUCUUCUGUAAUCACCAGAGCUGAAGAUGUCUUUAUAUGGCGGGAAAUCCGUGGAUCACAAUCACAAGGCUAAGGAUGCGUUUGUGAGAGUGCGGAAGAGGGAUUUAGAGAAAUUAACGACAGAAGUCAUGCAGCUGAGGGAGUUCCUGCCCCGAGUUGUGAAUGGUGAUCUGACUGAAAUGCUUCACAAAGCCCGGAGAGCAGAGACAAAGAAGGAACACCUGGAGCAGGAACAGAAUCAGCUGAGACAGGACUGCUCACAUCUUCAGUCCCGGCUGGAGGCAGCGCACUCUGAAUGUCAGAAAGAAAGAGAGGAGAAGUUAUUGUUGCGUGAGCAGCUGUGGCAGAGCGGAGCAGAGCUGCAGCAGCAGGCCGACUUCUGCUCCACCCUGGGAUCCGCAGCCUGCAGCCUCCUGUGGAGCGGCUCGUCCAGGGAGGAGACGGUGGCUCUCUGGCUGGCUGAUGGAAAGCUCCCCUCCUUCCUGACUGUUGCUGCUCAGACUCUGGAGAGUUUCGUCAAGUCCAUGGACGACGAGAUAAAAACUCAACCCGGGGACCACAACUCUCAAGAGCACCAGUUUGUGUUGGCUCUGGUUGGGACAAUCACAAAUAUAGCAGCAGUAACACCUGGGCGGGACUUCCUGUCCAGCUCAGGACAUGUCCUACUGGACACGCUAAUGAAGCUGCUGCAGCUGAUGAGGCCUGCCGUCUUCCCCAAACUGAAAGUGUUGAUGCUGAUGGCUUUGUAUAAUGUGAGCAUCAGCAUUAAAGGACUGAAGUUCAUCAUUGAGAAUAAAGAUCUCAUUCCACUCAUCUGGACGCUGUUGGACGAUGAGCACUGGGAGGUGUGUCUCCACUGCCUGCGCCUCCUCCAGUCCGUGCUGCUGGAGGAGGAUGUUGUGCUGCUUCUCGGCUCCUCGUUGCUGGAUCCGGAGCUCCAGGCUCGGGUUGGCCGGCUCACCUCCAGCCUGCAGCCCAGCCUGAAGGCCACAGCUCAGCAAACCCUGGAGGACCUGCAGGCCCUCCAAGGUACACAACCCUGCCUUAAAGAUGGAAAUCUGUUAAACAUUUGGCUCUUCUCUGUGUCUUUACAAAGCCGUGUGUGUUUUCCAGGUCUGGUUAGAUAAACCCAGAAGUGUGAACGCUGGAUUCUGCAUCUUCAGUUUGCUUGGCGUCACCCAUUGCUGUCUUUCAGUUAGAUUUGAGCUGACCUGACGGGGUCUGAAUUGAUUGAUUUUAUACUUCUCUUGCUACACUGUUAAACUGUUCUUCAUUAAUAUUCAUGGUAUGUUUAAUUGGUUUAUUAACCAUAAAGAUGAUGGUUACACUCCUGAGAGAAUUGUGUUUCUGUUGGUGUUCUGCUGUUCAGCCACCUGCAAGGAGGAGGUACACAUCCCAGUACUCAUCCAUCCAUUGUACACCUACAUAUCCUUGCACCAAUACAACAUAGAAAAAUAUAAGUUAUAAUGUUAAUUUUAACUGGUGUUUAGGCAUCAGAAAUGACGAGAAAGUUUUCAUCCUGGAUUUAUUUUGAAUGGUUGUUCUUUGGAUUUUUGAAUAUUUGAGAUGUUAAAACUGGUCACCGAUGACAUUAAAAGGAACUGUACACAGAUGUUUAAAAAAAUAACUUCUUGCAUGCAGAGCGAGUUUCAAAUUUGUUAGUGGUAAAUCUAGGAUUGCCACCUUUUUCUGACACCUGCUGUCAUUUAUGAACUACAAACUGACAAACACCAUAUCGUUAAAGUAUCUUUUGUCAUCUUUAGCAGAACACUUAAGGCCAGGACUUAAAUGCAUUUUCGCCAACUCCAUAUGUCGGCUCCAGCCCACUGAUGUUGAAGUAGUUAUAGUUGGGCAGGUAGUCACAACCUGGUAUGGAUCAGGGUUUGCCAGCUUUACAGCCGUCCAUCUGACUAACUAAUAAUGUAAAAGAUUAGAAAACAAUCAAUAUUUACACCAGAUGGUGGUAGGAGCGUCCACAACAUGAAGAACCAUCAUGUUAAAGUGAAACUCAACUACUGUAGGUCUGAGAUAUGUUUCACUAAACAUCGUAUCCAAGCAGUCUUUUGAGGUGGUGAUUGUGGACUACACCGAUACUGCAAUGACAGAAACUGUUGCAACCUUGUAAAGACUGGACCAAAAUUCCUCUGCAAUGAUUGAAAGGACUUGUCAAGUCUAAUAGAAAGCGUUUCCUAAUAAAGAAGGUGGUUCUAGAA